GCAGGCAUUACUCAAUGCAAUGCCAUCAUUGCAAAUCGCCCUGCUGUUGCAGAGUCUGCAAAGCAAUUUGCCACUUUACAUCAGAAAAAGUGGACAGAGUCCAUUUCAGCUGCCGCAUUGGGUACACUUCAACAAGCCAAAUGGAAUAAACCACAGGUUUGACCCUUUACAGAGGAUGUGUCGGUGCUGCACACGUUUCUUGCUACUGAGCGUGCUAAGUGUAUGAAGGACCUUGAGGAAGAACCCAACAGCAAAAGCUUUGGAAAUCUUCCUAAAGUGACUUUGAUGCAGGUAGUACUAUUUAACAGAAGGAGGGAAGGGGAAGUUUCAAAAAUGGAGCUUCAGUCUUUCACAUCCAGGGAUCUUACGGAGCUGAAUCCAGACAUUGUGAGGGGCCUUACUGACUUCGAGAGGAAGCUUGCAGAGCACUUUGAGAGAGUUGAGAUUCGAGGUAAAAGGUCAAGAAAGGUUCCAGUGCUUCUAACCCCUGACAUGAUCACUGCUAUGGACCUCCUCAUGAUAAGCAGAAAAGAGUGUCAAGUCCACAAAGAAAAUAUGUACAUGUUUACACGGCCAGGUGUCCUUUCCCAUUACAGAGGCUCCGACUGCUUUCGCAAGUAUGCAAACAAUGUGGUGCAAAGAACCCAGAGGCACUCACCUCAACAAGAUUGCGGAAACAAGUCGCCACUUUGUCCACACUACUAAACCUCAAAGAAAAUUAAAUGGAUAACUUGCCACCUUUCUAGGACAUGACAUCCGUGUCCAUAGAGAAUUCUAUCGGCUUCCAGAGAGUACCCUGCAGCUCGCAAAAGUCAGCAAACUGUUGAUAGCAAUUGAAAAAGGAAGACUGCCUUACCUGCAGGGGAAAGGGCUGGAUGACAUUGAGGUCAAUCCUGAAGGUAAAAUUUUGUUUGAAAUAUAGUUUUUAGCCACUUCAAAUAUAACUAUUAUAAGUGUUGUUAGUCCUUAAUUUAAAUAAUUGGCCGUAAAUGUUUUUUACCCAACCAUAUGAAGUAGAAAUGAGUGAUGAUGAUUCCAGUGAAGAAACCAUUACUGACCUACAUCAAUGCAAAGGCUCAACAACAGAGACUUCUAGGGACCAGACACUUCUGAGGAAAACACCAGAGUCAACCACCCUGGACAACAUGGAGGGCACUUCUGAGUCAACCACCCUGGACAACAUGGAGGGCACUUCUGAGUCAACCACCCUGGACAACAUGGAGGGCACUUCUGAGUCAACCACCCUGGACAACAUGAAGGGCACUCCUGAGUCAACCACCUUGGAUAACGUACACAUGAGCAACACACAACCAAGACAUGGUAAAAUAGUCACAUCCCAAGCAUCCUCAAAGUGCUCCAAAGGAAAGCAAGCUGUGAAGGUGAGAAGCAAGUGGACAGGUGAUGAAGUGAAAGCUGUUGAGCGGCAUUUGCUUAAUUUCAUAACAAGCUGCAGAAUACCAGGUAAAAGGACUGUGACUCCUGCCUCCAAGCAGAGCCAGUAGCUCUGAAAGACAGAGACUGGGUUGCUAUCAAAUACUACAUCCACAACAGAAAUGUAGCAUUAAAAAGGAAGAUGAAUAGAUAGAACUAGAGCAUGCCAACUGUAGCUCAGGUACCAUGCAAUUCCAAUUUCAAUCAGCUUCUCCUCAGAUAGUGUUAAUAUCUGUGGGUUUCAUGUUCAUAUUAUUUUAUUUUCCUUAAAUGAUUUAUAUUGUUGGUUCUUGUACAAACAUGCCACAUAGGCUCGACUGUAGAUCCCACAUGUUUGUAUGUUUAUGUAUAAUUGAGGGCUAUUAAUGAGCAUAUGUUUGCCACUUAUGGUCACAUUUUUUUGGGAUAACAGUUGAUGAUAUAGGUUAAUACUCUGCUCUCAUUGACAGGGAAAAGAGAUAAACAGUACUUAAAGGGAUUGUUAUUGUUCCUAAGUUUUCAGAAGCACUUUGUUCUUAACCACAAGUUGUUGAAUGUGGCAAGGUGUUUAAAUUACUGUUAAACUAUUACCAUUUCAAUGGGUGCUUGUAACAGGCCUUGUGUAUGGUAACUUGCACUAUGUAACUAUGAUGUAAAUCCCUAUGUUAUUUAGACAGGUUAGCUGAAUGUACACUGUCAUGUUUCAUAGAAGCUGGAUGCUUUAAUAGAGAGUUUCUCAUUCAUUUCAAACAUGCCAUUUCUACUGCCUUGUGCAUAGCAGGGAAGGAGGCAAAGUGUAGGUGGUCUAUUCUGGGUAUUCAAUUGAUUUGUUAAUUUGCAUAUUUUCGCUGGCACUCAAUAAAAGUAAGGCAUAAAG